CGAACAAAUCUGCACCGCUUGGUUAUGUUGUCAACAAGGCAGCAUUGUUCAUGCUUCAGAAACAUGGCUCACAACCAUGCCUGGGAAUCGAAUGCAAUAAACUUUCAGCCAUGCCUACAUGGCGCCCGGUCGAAUCUCCUCAUUGAAAUGAGUACAAAUUCAAUUUAAAACUGUUCGACCUACAUUCCCCCCAGUCAAUCUGACGAUUCCCAUUGGUCGUAGGGGAUUGUUUUGUAGCUGGUGACGUGUUUGGUUCCGCCUCCUUAACCAGCUUUGUAAACAAACACUGCAUAAUAUUGCAGUUUGUCCGUCACCACGAAAAUAUCCUAUCUGCAAAAAACGUAGUCGGAGUAGCUAUUGUUAUUUUAACUACAACAUACACGAAACUGUUUCAUCUCCGAUGAAAAACGUGUUCCUGUUGUCAAGUGUGAGAGACCGAGAGAAAAUCUGCACCACGAUUCUUCUUGUUUGUUUGGAUCCAUCUGUCCGAUGGUUUCUUGCUGAAGAAGUGACCCAACAAGCUAUCUCCUAGACGAUUUAGCAAUUUACUGAUGCAUCUUAGUUGACCAUCUUAGUUGCUGGUCAUAUCUUCGUUCAAAUUAGGUCUUCCACUGAAACCCCGAUAACUACUUUAGACAUGGUGAAGCUGACGAAGGCUAAGACGUUCCAGGCAUACCUAGACUCGUGCCACCGGAGGUACAGCUGUGUUCACUGCCGAGCACACUUGGCCAACCAUGAUGACCUCAUCUCCAAGUCUUUUCAGGGAAGCCAGGGACGUGCUUACCUUUUCAACUCUGUGGUGAACGUGGGCUGUGGUCCUGCCGAGGAGAGGCUGCUACUCACCGGGCUCCACGCUGUGGCAGACAUCUACUGUGAGAACUGCCAUACCACACUGGGCUGGAAAUACGAGCAGGCCUUUGAGUUGAGUCAGAAGUACAAGGAGGGGAAGUUCAUCAUUGAGCUGUCCCACAUGAUAAAGGACAACGGCUGGGACUGAGAGGUGAAGGGAGAUGUUUUCAUUGAUGUUUCAUCCCUCAUCCAUUGUUCUUCCUGGCCUGAAUGUGUGUCCCCUCACCCUGCGUAAGGGCCAUCGGCUCUGCCACUCCGUCACUUCAUACAGCUUUGCCAAGAGUAGCAUGUGAUGUUUAUAUAUAUAUAUAUAUACACACACACACAGACUAUACCAAACAUUAGGAACACCUUCUUAAUGAACAGCCUCAAUUAGUCUGGGCAUGGACUCUACAAGGUGUCGAAAGCGUUCUACAGGAAUGCUGGCCCAUGUUGACUCCAAUGCGUCCCACAGUUGUGAAGUUGGCUGGAUGGCGGAACAUUCUUGAUACACACAGGAAACUGUUGAGUGUGAAAAAUCCAGCAGCGUUGUAGUUCUUGAAACAAUCUGAUGCGCCUGGCAUCUACUACCAAACCCCAUUCAAAGGCACUUAAAUAUUUAGUCUUGCCAAUACACCCUCUGAAUGGCACAUAUACACAAUCCAUGUCUCAAUUGCCUCGAGGCUUAGAAGUCCUUCUUUAACGUGUCUCCUCGCCUUUAUCUACACUGAUUGAAGUCGAUUGAACAAGUGACAUCAAUAAGGGAUCAUAGAUUUAAUCUGGAUUCACCUGGUCAGUCUGUCAUGGAAAGAGCAGGUGUUCUUAAUGUUUUUGUAUACUCUGUGUUUGUGUGAGAUAUAUACAUACAUACACACACUCGUAGGUUUAAUGAGUUUCAUAUAAAACCUACCCCAGUUACGGGAGCACCUUUGUCAAUAUCCCAAUGUUUAGUUUUAUUGUGGUAGAGAAUGAGCGAGUACAGGCUGUGUGUGUGAGCGCGAGCGAGAGUUUGUAUACACUUGGGCAUGUGUGAGUUGUGUGUUUACGAGUGUGUGUGUUGCAGUGCGACCACCUUAGCAACCUCACUAAAUCCUACUCAUGUAAUCCGUGCGUCUGUGUGGGAUUGCAGUUAUCAAAAAAACGAAAUUCUCUCAUUAAGUGCAAUUCACAGGGUUGAGACAAAGCGCCCUGAAAGCUGUUCCUUUUUUUGGAGUUUAGGUGAAUGAGUGAAAAAGCAAGUUAUACCUUGCUUUGUGUGUGUGUGUUUUUUUUAAAAACUUCAUACUUAAUGUUUGAUGGUGCAAGCAGAGUUGGAAAAAAAGUAAUUAUGUUUAGUGCUGCUCUGUCAUGUUACUGUUGGAGUAUGAAGUGCAAUACUGUAGGGUGUGUCUGCGGGGUUAAAGUUCACUUUAAAAUGUCAUCAAUAUAACAUUGGUCAUGUUUUUUAUCCUUUAAAUGGCAAUCAAUGUAUUCCGUUGUUAAUAAUGUCAAGGGCUGCAGCAUUACAGUUUGUAAGUGUUUCUGUGCGAUUGACCCAUGUGAGUUUGAAUACUGUGUGUAAAUGUUUGGCGUAUGGGUAUUCUCUCUGUAAGCUGCCUGUGGGUAUGCAUUUUAUGGUAUGGUGGGUGUUUAUACAGCGUGUAAGAAGUGUGAGUGUAAGAUUGUAUGAUCAGAUACAGUACUUUCUAGACAGUUAGCAAAUACUUUAGUUUGGGGGUAAAAUCUAUUGUUUCUGAUGUAAUUGGAUAUCCAUUUUUACAUUAUUUCCAUUUGAGAUCAAGCUUGUAAAUACAGCUUAACACUGAGCAGCAUGUACAUAAGCAUUUAUUUGAUAAUAUUAGAGAGCAGUGUGUAAUAUCAAACAGGAUUGAUAUAUCUACAAUUAUGUAGCAGAUGGUGACUAUGUAAGCUUUUCAUUGAAGUGUUUUAUUUGAACCUGAACUUGCAACAUUAAAGUAUGUGGUAAAUAUA